CUUCCUUUUUCAGGUGAAGUACUUCUUCUGCAUGAUUUUAGCUGAAGGAUGCUCUGCAUUUCCUUGAUUUCUAUGGAGACCUCAGAGCUGGGUUUGCUCCUGCUGACACCUCAUCUUGUACCUUCUCUACCUCCCAAGGUCUUUGCCUCUUUCAAUAGCUUGGCAUUGCCCCUGGGUCCAGAAAGCCUAUGAUGAACUUAAGGGGAGCACCUGGAGAAUCAUCCUAAUAGGCUUGGAGCAGCAAUGGCUGGACAUACUUCAAGCCACAUGUUAACAUGGGUCAAGCCAUCACUAGAAGGCAAGUGCUAAGACUAAAGGCUUAUUUGCAUUUUAUUUAAAUUUGAUGGACUGAGCUUUGGACAAUUUCCAUGGCAGAAAAAUAUAUUCCAUUUUCUAGGCACAACUGCUGGCUGUCAGACACUUGCUGCCUUUGAAUCUUGCAGCAUCAUCACCAACCACCCUAGACGUAUUUCCAAAUUUGAACAGCCACCCUGAAACAGGUGUUUGGGAGACCCCAACAUUUUCUGACUUAGGCCUGAGAGUGCUAGGUUGUUUAUCUAGACCAGCCAAGCUCCGGAGAGCAAUGUUGAAUCCCUGGGAACAGAGAGCAUGGGGCGUGCUGAUUUAAAAACAGAAAAUGCAAAGUUGGACUGAAAAUAUCCUUAGUCUUCCAAGCAAUCUGCUUAAGGGUUCCAAACUUACCUUCAUUUGGUGACAAAAGAAGCUGCCCUAUUUUUCUUUCUUCUUCUUCUUCUUCUACAACUGGAACCAGCCAUUUCCAAAAACCACCACCAUGGAGGUUGCAAUGGUGAGUGCGGAGAGCUCAGGGUGCAACAGUCACAUGCCUUAUGGUUACGCGGCCCAGGCUAGGGCACGGGAGCGGGAGAGGCUUGCUCACUCGAGGGCAGCUGCGGCAGCCGCCGUGGCAGCUGCCACAGCUGCUGUGGAGGGCAGUGGGGGUUCUGGAGGGGGCUCCCACCACCACCACCAGUCGCGUGGGGCCUGCACCUCCCAUGACCCUCAGGGCAGCCGGGGUAGUCGGAGGAGGAGGCGCCAGCGGCCUGAGAAGAGGAGAGUCCACCACCGCCAGAGCAGCUUUCCUCAUUGCUCCGACCUGAUGCCCAGUGGCUCUGAGGAGAAGAUUCUGAGGGAACUGAGUGAGGAAGAGGAAGAGGAGGAGGAGGAGGAGGAGGAGGAAGAGGAAGGAAGGUUUUACUAUAGUGAGGAUGACCAUGGUGAUGAAUGUUCCUACACGGACCUGCUGCCCCAGGAUGACGGGGGCGGCGGUGGCUACAGUUCAGUCCGCUACAGUGACUGCUGUGAACGUGUGGUGAUAAAUGUGUCGGGCCUGCGCUUUGAGACCCAGAUGAAGACUCUGGCCCAGUUUCCAGAGACUUUGUUGGGAGACCCUGAGAAGAGGACUCAGUACUUUGACCCUUUGCGUAAUGAGUAUUUUUUCGACAGAAACAGGCCUAGCUUUGAUGCCAUCUUAUAUUAUUACCAAUCAGGAGGCCGCCUCAAGAGGCCAGUCAAUGUCCCCUUUGAUAUCUUCACUGAGGAGGUGAAGUUCUAUCAGUUGGGAGAGGAGGCCCUGCUCAAGUUUCGGGAGGACGAGGGCUUUGUGAGAGAAGAGGAGGACAGGGCCUUGCCAGAGAAUGAAUUUAAAAAGCAGAUUUGGCUUCUGUUUGAGUAUCCGGAGAGUUCCAGUCCAGCAAGGGGCAUAGCCAUCGUCUCUGUUCUGGUCAUCUUAAUCUCCAUUGUCAUUUUCUGCCUGGAAACUUUACCUGAGUUUAGGGACGACAGGGAUCUCAUCAUGGCACUGAGUGCAGGCGGGCACAGUGGGUUGUUGAAUGACACCUCGGCACCCCACCUAGAGAACUCAGGGCACACCAUCUUCAACGACCCCUUCUUCAUCGUGGAGACAGUCUGUAUUGUUUGGUUUUCCUUCGAGUUUGUGGUUCGCUGCUUUGCUUGUCCCAGCCAAGCACUCUUCUUCAAAAACAUCAUGAACAUCAUUGACAUUGUAUCCAUUUUGCCUUACUUCAUCACCCUGGGCACUGAUCUGGCCCAGCAGCAGGGGGGUGGCAACGGUCAGCAGCAGCAGGCCAUGUCCUUCGCUAUCCUCAGGAUCAUCCGUCUGGUCCGAGUAUUCCGGAUCUUCAAACUCUCCAGGCAUUCCAAAGGCCUGCAGAUCCUGGGCCACACCCUCAGAGCCAGCAUGCGGGAGCUGGGACUUCUGAUCUUCUUCCUCUUCAUUGGGGUCAUCCUGUUUUCCAGUGCUGUGUAUUUCGCAGAGGCAGAUGAACCUACCACCCAUUUCCAAAGCAUCCCAGAUGCGUUUUGGUGGGCCGUGGUGACCAUGACAACUGUGGGCUAUGGGGACAUGAAGCCCAUCACUGUGGGGGGCAAGAUCGUGGGGUCCCUGUGUGCCAUUGCAGGUGUCUUAACCAUUGCUUUGCCAGUGCCAGUGAUUGUCUCUAACUUUAACUAUUUCUACCACAGAGAGACUGAGAAUGAGGAACAGACACAGCUGACACAGAACGCAGUCAGUUGCCCAUACCUCCCUUCUAAUUUGCUGAAGAAAUUCCGGAGCUCUACUUCUUCUUCCCUGGGGGACAAGUCAGAGUAUCUAGAGAUGGAAGAAGGAGUUAAGGAAUCUCUCUGUGCAAAGGAGGAGAAGUGUCAGGGAAAGGGGGACGACAGUGAGACAGAUAAAAACAACUGUUCUAAUGCGAAGGCUGUGGAGACUGAUGUGUGAAUCUUGUUCUCCACCUGCCACUGCCUCCCCGCCGCCCCCCCCCCCAGCCCCUGUAUCUCCAAAUAUAUUUAUGCAUAGAGAGUGGAGUUAUGAAAAUGAAAUAUGCAAACGAAUCUAAUGCAUAUAGUAGUACACCAUUUAAUGGUUAUACGUGACAAUUGUUACUCAACUUGUAUUACAUAUCAAAUAAAUGAUACAUCUUGGAGAAGAGGGAGGCUAAAAUAGGAGCAAAUCUUAUCUUUAUAUUUUUUAUUAGAAUGCAAGAAUUUUGCACACUAACUGGAAAAGAUGUUAAAAGUAAAGGUGGUUCUGUGGAGAGAAGGUAUAUGUGUGUUUGUGUGUGUGUGUGUGUGUGUGUGUGUGUGUGUGCGCGUGCGCACACGUGCUGCGUGCAUGUGCAAGUAAAUUGUCAACAUUGUUAGUAAUUGUGCAGUGAUGGGAAGAGUUGGCAUUUUGAAGUAUUUACUAUGUAAGAACUAAUGAAUUUGAGCAGUCAUUUAUCAGUGCUCUGAUAGCAUCUCAUGUCUUUGGAUUCCAUGGUUGUUUUUUAAAAAUUGUAAGAAUUACUGUGUAGGGGAAAAAAAAAGGAAAGUGAAUUAUUUAAUAGAAUAUAGGUCACAGUUUUAUCUUGGAUUUAAUUAAAGUUUAUUUUUAACUGGAAAUUAACUUUUAAAAAGGCUUCAGGGGCCUUUAGAAAUUGAUUAUAUUUUAUUAUUAAUUUGGGGGAAGAUAUGACAGCAAAUGCCUAACAAUAAUGGAAGAAGUGAAAUCGGAGAAAAUGUAACAAGUUUUGUUCACAGAUAACAGGACUGGAAUUUUUUUUUCCUUUGCACUACUUUAUAUGAUGGAGAUUGAGAGAGACUUCCUACUGUGAGUGUUUACUAAUGUAACAGUUCAGUGACAAUCAUUGGAAGAAUGAUUUCUUAGUCUUAUUUUAUGUUCUCUUCUUUUCUUCGUGUGAGACUAAUGGCCACACAGAUAACAGCACAUGGUUCCCUUCUUUUAAAAUCUAAAUAACUGAUCUGCAAAGGGACUCUGAAGUAAAAUUUAGCAACAGAAUCUUUUAGAAAUUGGACUGUGACAAUGAUGCUUCUGAAACCAUACUAUUUUAAUUAUUCUUCUGCCUUUUAAAUGCAGAAUAAUUUAACCAAAGUUAAUGCAUGCACUGAAAGAAUUCUUGAAGAAAAUAAGAUGCCCAGCAGCUACAGUGAUUAUGGCUUAAGAGCUUUCUAUUAAAUGUGCAACGUAAAUGCUAGAUUUAUUAAGUUUAUUUCUUUGUGCAGCUGCAUAAAGGCACAGGGUGGGGAUUCACCUCAGAAUUUAGCAUUCCACUUGCUAAAAAUGAUACAAAGA